UGCAUCCUUACAAAUCGUACCCAUUAUCGCUCCAUCGCCGCCGUCUUCAAACUCUUCCCUCCUCCGGUCGUCGUCGUCGUCGUCGUCAGCAGCAAUUAUCUAGCAGUUUUAAUGGCUGUUUCAGCUUUUACGAAAUCAAAGUUAUGAUACCUUCAGUCAUUCAAAUUUCCGGAGUCUGUUCUGUGUUGUUGGAAAAGUUCGAUUUUAUGCCUGCUUUUUAACCAUGCUUUCUCGCCUAAUACCCAAACCUUCCUAUUUCCGACGCUUUGUCUUGCUUACUUCAAAAUCUAUCUCACAUCCCCAACCAUAUUUCACCUAUUCUGCCACCACCACGAAUUUACUUAUUUUCCCCAAAUACUUCUCCACCAACGGGAACAAUAACAACAAUGGCAGGGAUCAAUCUUCUACCAGUGUCUGGAAAGAUUUCCGGGAGAGUGAGGAUAAGUUUGACGCUAUGUUCGCCAAAGAUAGUGGAAUAUUUGAUGAAUUUAAUGAGGGAGGUGACGGCGCCAAGGCCCCAGUCAACAAGGACCAAUGGUGGUUAGAAGAGAAGGGUCUUGAUAAUGAAGAUGAGGAUGGUAUAUUUAAAAGGAUUCACAAGAAAAAUGAUGAGAAGGGUGGUGAUUUUGGCAACCAGCUAUGGCAUGGAGAAGAGCUCCUGAAACCUUGGACCUUACGGGAGGAAGGGAAAGAUGUGUUUAAUUUCCAAGAUGUUGUAAGCAAUGCGGGUGAGUUCAGGCCUGAUAUUAGUAUUGUGGAGAGUGAGACAACUGACAGUCAGGGAACUGAGGAUCCUGAGAAACUUGAGAAGGAAGAGAAACAGUUGACUGCCGUUCUCAAAGGACCCAACCGUGCUUUUGGUGACCUUAUUGCUGCUUCUGGAAUUACGGAUGCAAUGAUUGACAGUUUGAUGGCAUUGAAGGACUUUGAAGGGGUUGAUGGCUUGCCACCCCUUAGAGAAAUAGAAGACAUGCGCUAUGAAAAGAGUACUAAAAAAUCUACUAGAGCUGAAAUUGAGCGUCAGAAACAGGAGGAAGCUGCAAAAGCAAGAGUAAGAAAAGUAGAUGAGAAAGGACGUGCCUAUGGAACAGGAAGAAGGAAGUGCAGUGUAGCUCGUGUUUGGGUUCAGCCUGGUGAUGGAAAAUUUAUAGUUAAUGAUAAAGAAUUUGAUGUCUACUUUCCUAUGCUUGAACAUCGGGCUACUCUAUUACGACCUUUCUCUGAGACGAAGACAUUGGGUCUUUGGGAUGUCAAUUGUACAGUGAAAGGAGGUGGUGUUUCAGGUCAAGUUGGAGCAAUACGGCUGGGGAUCAGUAGGGCUUUGCAAAGCUGGGAACCAGACUUGCGUCCCGCACUUAGAAGUGCUGGUUUCUUGACUCGGGAUCCUCGUGUGGUAGAAAGGAAAAAGCCAGGAAAGGCCAAAGCAAGAAAAAGUUUCCAAUGGGUCAAGCGUUAAAUACUUGGAGCUUCUGUUCAUGUACCAUGAAUUUUGUAUGGAACAUCUUGCUUCUUUCAAUGAACUUGCCAAAAUUCAAUCAUCCUGUUCACCUGGGAUAGAAAGAGACACUAGGGUUUAAUUAGUUUUGGAAUGAACAUCUGAUCUUUUGCUAUGCUAUAUUAUGAAAUUUUGGUUUAGUGCUGCA